AUGGCUAAACCCGCCCGAGGCCGUCCGGCGUCUCCGUCGGGCUCAGACUCUCGGUCUUCCUCCCGAUCUCGCUCUCGGUCCCGUUCCGUUUCUCGUUCUCGCUCUCGAUCCCGUUCCUACUCGGGUUCAGAUUCGCGCUCCAGCUCGCGUUCCCGCUCUCGCUCGAGGUCUCUCUCGUCUUCCUCUCGCAGUGGGACCUCUCGAAGCGGUAGCCCUUCUGCUCGGAAGAGUCCGACCGAAGGAGCUAAGAGAGGUCGUUCACCCCCUCCACAAACCAAGAAAGCUUCCCCACCUCCACGGAAAGCUUCACCUAUUCCUGAAUCUCUUGUGCUUCAUGUUGACCAGCUCAGUCGGAAUGUGAAUGAGAAUCAUUUGAAAGAAAUUUUUGGUAGUUUUGGCGAAGUGGUGAAUGUACGGCUGGCAAUUGAUCAUGUUGUUAAUCUUCCAAAAGGAUUUGCUUAUGUCGAGUUUAGGAGCAGGCCUGACGCUGAAAAGGCUCAGAUAUAUAUGGAUGGAGCUCAAAUUGAUGGAAAAGUUGUUCGGGCUAAGUUCACAUUGCCUGAGAGGAAGAGAGCUGUCUCUCCACCUAAAGCUGUUGCCACCACAUCGAGAAGAGAUGCUGCAAAAUCUGAUGAUGCUCUAGCAGAUGGAAGUAAAGAUGGAGCAAAGCGACCCAAAGAUGUGUCUCCUCGGAGGAAACCUGCUUCUCCUCCUAGAAGGAGAUCUCCUGUACCCCGAAGAGGAUCUCCUAGGCGGGAACCAGAUUCCCCUCCCCCAUCUCGCAGGCGGGCAGAUUCUCCUGUUCGUCGCAGAGCUGAUUCCCCUUUCCGAAGAGGUGAUUCUCCACCCCCUAGGAGAAGGCCUGCAUCUCCUCCCAGAGGUCAUUCUCCCUCCUCUACUCCAAGACGCUACCGAUCACCUCCAAGAGCAUCUCCAAGAAGGAUGCGUGGAAGCCCACUUCGUCGGCGCUCUCCACUUCCACCUAGGCGACGUUCUCCAAGGCGUGUUCGAAGUCCUCCAAGAAGAUCUCCCAUUGGUCGCAGACGCAGUCGUUCUCCUGUUAGGCGGCCAAUCCGUUCUCCAUCACGAUCACCCUCUCCAAGAAGGGGACGUGGACCACCAGCCAGACGGGGUAGAUCAUCCUCUUAUUCUUCAUCUCCUAGUCCUCGCCGGGUUGGCACCACGGAGAAUAUCUCGCAGCCGUAGUCCUAGGAGGCCGAUGAGAGGUGGAAGAAGUCCUAGCACUAGCAGCCCAAGUGCUUCCCCUCCGCGCAAACCUUAAGCCAGGAUUGAGGAUACUGAUUUUGCAACCAGUGGGAUGUUGUUACCUGAAAGGGAUAGCUAUCUGGUUGUGGUGGUGGAGGAUAUCUUUCUUUGUAUUAAAAUGCCCCCUUGAUAUUCACCCUAAAUUUGGUUUAAGAUAAUUUCCUUUCAUUUUAGAUUUCUGACUGAAUGUGCUUGGAGGAAAAUUCGCUACUGGUACUGUAGCUGAAACAUGUCAUGAUGCUUCUGCCUUCUUAUGAUCCUUUCAUCUAUGUUACGAACAGGAUUUCUCUAUACUAGAUAAACCUUGAUGUCAUUCUUGAUUA